CAUUGUUAGAGGCUGUGUUGCCGGCAAGUGGGGUCCUCCGACAUGUACUGACUUGUGUGAUAUGUGCUACAAUGGAGGAGUGUGUGAUGAUAAGACAGGAAAGUGCAUCUGUCCACCAGGAUUUAAGGGACCAAACUGUGUCACAGCCUGUCCAGCUUAUUCAUUUGGCUGGAAUUGUGAAUUCAGAUGCGGGGGAAGGAAUCUCUUCGGCAGCUCUUGUAACUUCGUUCAGUUCAGUUUACCAGAUCCGUUUGGUAUCAGCUGCAUCAGUGGUCGUUAUGGCAGUGGGUGUUCAUCUGGUUGUCCUACUGGAAGAUUUGGUGCCGAUUGUCUUCAAGAAUGUCACUGUAUGUUCGCUGAUAACGGAUGUAACUCAACGACGGGAGUAUGCAACUUUGGUGGCUGCACAGACGGUUGGCUGGGAACUAACUGCCAAAUACCAGACGUCUGCCCUGUUGGUUAUUAUGGACUCAACUGCGCCAGCAUGUGCCAUUGCAACGGCAAGGCAGCCUGUGACAAGCACACUGGGUACUGCAGUGGAAGAUGUGCCCCAGGAUCCACCUGCGUGUCAUGGCAGUGUGAUUCUGGUUACUUUGGUGAAGACUGCAGUAAGGCGUGUUACUGUAAGGAUGACACGCCGUGUGACGCUAUCACAGGGUCCUGCCGAAGCGGCUUGUGCCUCGAACAGUAUCAGUCAGAUGGAACCGGAAUAUGCCAGUUUCUUUUACCAGUGCUGAGCCAGCCCCCCAAGGUAGAAGUUGACACCACAUCGGCCACUGUCAGGUGGGAGGCAUGGGGCUCUCACCCAAUGGAUGCUGGAGAUGGACCAGUUAUUGAGUACACGAUCUACCGCUCCAACCCCUCCACUGGUUCCUGGGUUCGUGUCAGCACGGUGCAAGCGAAGUACCAGCCACCAGAGGGCUUCAGUUUUCUGAUUGAUCCAUUACAACAGUUGACGGUGUAUAACUUCAGUGUGGCUGCGGUGCGUGAGGGAGACGGAGGGGAAGGACCCAGGAGCCCUGAAACGACAAUCAGGACAGAACCUCAAGCAAUGACGAUAGGAACCAACAUCGGCUUGAUCGUUGCCGUCUGCGCACUCAUUGCGGUCAUUGUGAUCGUGGUAGUCGUGGAUUAUCUGCGAUUUCGACGCUUCAGCAAGCGACUGAGGCCCAAGAGUCAUUCUAUAGCGAGUGCUGUUAACAUGAACAGUCUGGCGGCCUAUGACAAUCCACUGGCAGAUGACAUACCUAGGAACUCUGUAACCAUGGAGGGCUAUGACGACGUUGGCAAUGACGCCAACGACGGUGCUGACGCGGCGACCACCUACGAGGAGGUCGACUUGCCCUGGACCAAGUCCUUGACCGUACCCAUCGAUCAGCUGUCGUUGGGUGUCAAGGUGAUCGGUACUGGUCACUUUGGAGAAGUGCGUUUGGCCACUGUGCUCUUGAGUGAUGGCCACUUAAAAGCGGCCGUGAAGCAACUCCAGGUAAAUGCCCCAGCAAGUGAGAAUGAGAGGUUUCUUGAGGAAUACCGAACUCUGAAAGAUAUCGGGACCCACCCAAACAUCGUCCGCAUGCUCGCCGUUGCCUUCCAUGAAGAUGUCUUGUACGUGGCCCUGGAAUACUUGUCAAAUGGUGACCUUCGUACCUACCUGAGAGGAGCAAGACCUGACGGGGGAGUGGGACAGUCAUCCCUAUCAGACGCCAAACUGCUUCAGUUUGCUUUUGACGUCGCCAAAGGGAUGCAACAUAUUGCUGCAUCUGGGGUGAUCCAUCGUAAGGUGGCAGCUGCAAGCAUUCUUUUGGAUGAGAACAUGGUUCCUAAGAUAUCAGGAUUUGGACUAGCAAGAUGCGCAGAGGUCAUCGUCGAGAAACCAAAGAAGCUGUUUCCACCUCCUCGCUGGAUGGCCUUGGAAUCACUGAAAACCAACACGUUCACAUCCAAAAGCGAUGUUUGGUCCUUCGGGAUUCUUUUGUGGGAAAUUUCUUCCGUGGGCGCAACACCGUACGCUGGGAUCAAAUCAACGAGCCUGGGGACGAGGUUUGAGAAUGGAUACCGCCUGCCCAAGCCAGAUAGUUGCAAUGAUGAAAUCUAUGGUCUGAUGCAGCAAUGCUGGCAAGAGAAUCCAAAAGAUCGUCCUCCGUUCAAGAAAGUGGCGUCAAUCCUCGAGGGGAUGGCUAAGGGCCACAAACAGCAGAGAUACAUACAGAUGUCGCCAAGGUCAGAGACGCCUCAUUACCUGAACAUACGGCCGGACCAGGACGAUAAGUAGAAUGGAAUUGGGAACAGAAAUGGCUGAAGAGGAGAUCGAAAUCACCAGCCAAUGUCACAGAUAGAGGAUUAAAUAAUGCACACCAUCAUACCCCCUAACUGACUGUAGAACUUUUAGUCAUAUUGAAUGAGUAACUUUUGUAAUAAGUUAUUCACCUGCAUCAUAUACCGAUUAUGACAUUUAAUUGCUGCUGAAAUGUUGGUAAUAGUUACGUAAUAAGUGGUGUUUUCGUAUCAAAUUUGACGAAACUUAGAUUUGAUUUUCAAGGAUAGAAAUGCGCUGAUUAUUUUAUAUUGCAUCUAUCUAUACGAUUAAAUUCUGGUAAUUUUGUUUGUUUAAAUGUCUAGGUACAGUACCUUUAAAGUAAAUUUGGGUUUGGUAGGAGCUUUUGUUUGGAUUUUGCAACUGCUCGUUUUUAUUUGUACUGUGGGGAACCGUAAAUGGGUAAGGGCGCCCUCAUCCUUCCAAUACGCGUCACUGAGGUAAUUAACAUAAAGUGGAUACUUUUUUAUAGGCUUCCCGGGCACGCAGUGUGAAGGUGAUCUCUUUGCUUUUGGUCUCGAAUGUAGAACUGUACUCUCUGCAUUUUGCUUCUGUUAAUUUGCAGGGAGCAUGGCUUCGGCCAUGCUCUUAAGUGUGGGAGAGAGUCGAUGCAAGGAACCCCUAGUAAGUACUUAUCAUUGUAUAAAUACUUCACACGAUCUUGUACGAUUUACGGGACCCAAUGUGGUAACUGCUUUCUGUUCUACAACGUGACACAGUGUAUUGGUUAGCUAGCAGUGUUAGCCUUUGGCCAUGCAUUAUACUGUUAUUUACGGUGCCGUCUAGCCAUUACACUACACCAACUGUUUUCAUAUUUAAUAAAGUGUAGUUCUGGAGUUAGACAUCAUUUAUUGUUCACGUGUUCUCCAAGUGCUCGUCCGCUUUAAUUAGGGGACCGUUCCUCCUUCCUACCACUGUCCAACUGACGUGGGGCUGGUCUGCUACAGUACAAAGAAAUAUUUCAUUUUUUUUCUCGCCUCACACAUUAAAGCCUUUUAAAUGCCAAUAUGUGUAGCUUUUUGUAUAGCUUCAAUGCAUUACAAUAGUAGCUUUACUUAAGCGUUAACGUUUGACCUUUACUAUUUGAUCAACAUUAUGUCAGUGUUGUAGUCGAGUCACCAAUGUCGAGUCCGAGUCUCGAGUCCUAGUCCCAGUCUCGAGUCACAAACCUCGAGUCCGAGUUCGAGUCACAAGUCACAAACCUCUAGUCUGAGUCCGAGUCACAAGUCAUGAAUCAACACCACAACCACUUCGCCUAGACCCAAGCAACUUCACACACCCAGAGCCACGCAUUUUUAUUUACACGCAAGCCUGGCCACUUCGCCAAAAGUGAUAAUCAUGCGGCUGGUUCUAGAGACUAUAAGGCCAUUAUGUACGUCCGUACUCGCGUGUAAAUGUGCAAUGCGACGAUACAACACUUCAUAAUGUUCUAGUUGUAAAAAUAGGCCGUUGAUCUAAGACAAUUUUUUGUGUAUUUUUUUUAUGAAAGAAUCAAUUACAGUAGUUUAAUUAAUACUUCAAAAUACCCAGUGAAAUAAGUGUUACGGCCUACUAUAUAGUCGCGCUUUUAAACACUGUAUUGGUUCUUGGUACUGUCUGUAGAACUCGAGAAACUUGGGUCUGGAUCAUGCUUUUAGUUUGACAGUUUCAUAGUUCACCUAUGAAAUGAAAAAGAUUAAAUCUUGAUGCAUAUUGAGUUCAUUUGUCGAGUUAUUACAAUGAGGUUGCACUUCGGUAUCUUUGAAAAGUGGUUAUAGCACAGGGACACAGUGUGAUAUCAGUGGCAUAGUUUAUAAUACCAAGUGUCUGUUUUUAAAACCGAAAGUAGGUAAUAUUAUUUAGUUGGCAACAUUUAUAUAUGUAUAACAACAUUGUAAUCAGCUUUUGUACCGGUAUAUUGCAUUAAGCAGUGUUGCAGUUGAGUCGGUGGUAAGUCCCCUACAAGACCAGUCGUAAGUAGCAGAGUGAACGAUUACAGAGGAAAACGUUCAGUUCAUUUGCUGUAAAGCUCAAGACUUGGCUUAUUAAAAACUUGUUGACUGGCGAUAACGUGGGCACUGAUUUGCAGUUGUGAUGGGCUCAACAACACUAGCAUUCGCUCAUUGAAGAAAAAUGUUUCAAAAAUAAAAAACAGCUGGAAUGCAUCACACCAAA